UUAACAUUAACAAAAAUGAAAGUGAUUCAAAAUCCAACCCAGUAUUUCUUUGAAUAAUCUAAUAAUCCAUCUGAUGAAUAUUUAGAUAAGAUCAAUAUGUUCAUUGGAAAAUUGAUUAAUCAAAAAUAGUGUCUAUUAUGCAAAUAAGAUUACAAUAUCAAAGAUAGAUUACCUAGAAUACUUAUUCAUUGUGGUCAUACUAUUUGUACAUAAUGUUUAGGCAAUUUCUAUAGGUUAUUAUACUUAAAUUAAUGAGUUUUAGAAACAGAAGAGUACGAUGCCCACUUUGCUUGAAAUUAGUUAAACAUCUUGAUUCAAUUGAAAGAUUACCGGUAUCAAUAUUAUCAAAAUUUAGAUAAACCACACAAUUUUCACAAAAAUAGCUGAAGAGAUAAAUAAGAAAAGCAGGUUUCAUGGAGGGACUGAUGUUAUAGAUUCUUAAUAAUAUUUGUUUACAUAAUUUCAAUAAUCAGCAGUCUAAGCAUAGAAAAUCAGAUAAUAACAAUAAAAUCAAUAUCCCUAAGUUGAUCCAGAUUCAGGACUUGAAUUUUGUGAAUUCCAUAAUGACAGAGUGAAACAUUUCUUUUGCAUGAAGCAUAAAGUUACUUGCUGCCGUGUAUGCUCUGAAAUGAUUCAUUAAAAGAAGGUAAUAACUAACUGUUAAUUGAAAGGACUGUAUUGUUGUCGAUCUUUAUGAAAUUGAGGAUGUACCAGCCUUUUUGAAUGAAGCUUACAAAUUGAAUUAAGAAACUAAUUGUUAAAAUUAAAAUAUUGAAUUUUUACCAGGUAUUGUUAUCAUUUAAAUAGAUGAUGACAAUAAUUUUAAUGAUGAUGAUUUAGAAGGAGAAUUCGCUCAAAAUGAAAGUCUAAAGAGUUUAUGA